GGCCGAUGACGGACGCGCACGGGGUGAAAGUGAACGUGUCUCCGACCGGCGGCACGCUACUCCGGGACGUCGCGAAGGAUAUCGGUGCCGGCGAAUCGGCGUCGAUGAAGGAGACGGCGGACAGCACGGCGAUAUAAUGGCAUCCAGGAAGCCGACGAAAUACGACGACUCGUAAAAAUCCGCGAAGAUGGAAUUGCGCAAGGGCUCCUGGAAGCUCGUGAUCCUCGUGUGCGCGUUGGUCAUCUACCUGUGGAUGCUCUUCGUCGAUCACUCGCACAUGCUGGCCGACAUAUCGCAGGGGAUCACGCUGCAGAGAGCGCGGCUCUCCGCGCGGAACGUCUUGCACCAAAGCCCCGAUCGAGGAUCGAGGAUCGAGGAGGCAUCGCCACCGGACGGCCGGACGGACCCGAAGAGAUCGCAGUCGCUCUCACCCCGGAACACGAGCGGUACGCUCGAGGGUGGUGUAUAUCAGACGCUCAAGCAGCAGAGCCUGGUACCGAGCCGGCAAUUACCGACUGCCCUGAUAAUCGGCGUGAAGAAAGGCGGGACGAGAGCUCUCUUAGAAUUCCUGAGAUUGCACCCCGCGAUUCGCGCCGCCGGCUCCGAGGUUCAUUUCUUCGAUCAUCAUUACGUUAAAGGAUUUCGUUGGUACAGGCGUAGAAUGCCGCCGACUCUGAUCGGUCAGAUCACCAUGGAGAAGACGCCGUCGUAUUUUGUGACGAGCGAGGUGCCGAAGAGGGUGAAGCACAUGAACUCGGGGAUGAAGUUGAUCGUCGUGGUGAGGGAUCCCGUGACCCGGGCGAUCUCCGAUUACACGCAGGUGAAGAGCAAGCGUCGCAAGAUGCCGCGCUUCGAGGACCUGGCCUUCCUGAACGGGUCGCGGAUCGUGGACACCUCGUGGAUGCCGCUGAGGAUCGGGGUCUACGUGCGGCACCUGGAGCGCUGGCUGCAAUACUUCCCGCUGUCGCAGUUCUUAUUCGUCUCCGGCGAACGUCUGAUCGCCGACCCGGUGACGGAGGUCACCCGCGUGCAGGACUUCCUCGGCCUGAAGCGGGUGAUAUGCGAGAAGCACUUCUACUUCAACGCCACCAAGGGCUUCCCCUGCUUGCUCAAAUCGGAGGAUCGCGCGACGCCGCACUGUCUCGGAAAGAACAAGGGUCGCAGUCAUCCCUAUAUCGAUCCCAUGGCGAUUCAGCGUCUUCGGGAUUUUUAUCGGCCGUUCAAUCAGCGAUUUUAUCAAUUGGCGGGUAUGGAUUUCGGCUGGUACUAAAAUCCACAAUUGCGUAUCGCAAUACAGUACAUAUCGUAAGCAGGAGAACGGAACGGAGUCAAUUCUCGUCGUGUAUCAAGUACUUGUUACGAUAUACAUUACGCCUGAAUAUCUGUAAUCCGAUAUAGGAAACACAUAUCCAUAUAUUACAGUCAGAACGCGCCGUUAGUCCGUAACAGCGUUUAAACGAGACUUUUCCAAAUCUUGCUUCCGAUGAUGUAGUCAUAUCAAUUUCAUCAUACUUUAGUCUUUCAAAAUUAAUUUGUAAAAGAACACAAAUAUCUUUUCUAACUUGUAUUAAUUUUAUGUAGCAUUAAAUAAUCUAUAAGAACUCCGU